GUGUUUAUUUCCAUCUUCAGCCUCCCGCCGAUCCCCUGCAAGCCACACCCGGGGUUACACAAAGAUCCAGGUGUCUAGAUACAGAUCGAUCCAGUACAUCAUUCACCGAGUAAAUAAAACAUUCGAAGGGCAAAAUGGCCUUUAGACUCUGCCAGUCACUCGCCCUCGCCGGGUUCGCCGCCAUGGGCGUCGCCCAGACCACCGCGACGACGACUGCUGCUACAGCCACGGGCACCCAGAGCGUCUUCGACCUCUUGAUGCCGGCCUACUACGGCCCAACCAUCCAGGCGUCGGUGGUGAGCGCCAACCCGACGGUGACGACCUUUUUCAUCCCCUGCCCGACAGACGUAGAAGCCAAUCUCUGCUCGGCGGGCUACAACCUCAUCCAUGGCCCUUCAAUCGUCGAGGUCCAUAUCACCCUCGAAGCAUCUGGUGAUUUGGAAAAGACGGCCCAGGACAUAGCGUGCCAGUUGAAGGCGGGAGAAGCACAGUGCACCUUCACCUAUGCUAUUGGCUCGCUAUCGACAGCUGGGGUUUCCACGCUUGAGCAGUACACGUCCUUCCUGGAACCUGUGACCAUAACAGCGGGCUUGGAGAAGCUAGCGACCAAGACGAACGGUGUGCCCCGGCAGACGCAAAACGCCGUACUUGCAGGUGUUGCCGUCGCGGCCAUGGGCGGUGUCAUGUUCAUGUGAGCGAGUCUGGCCUC